AUGUAUCAAAUUCGUAUUUGGGAUCUAAGGACGCAAGAGUGCUUGAGAGUGCUUCAGUCAAGUGGACAAGUGAAUGAUGGUGAUGGAGGCCCAGCUGGAUCACGCCAAAAUACCGUACCGUUCCUGGAGACCGUGGUGAAUGCUGCUGAAGUUGACCCCUCGGGUCGGUUACUCUUCACCUCAUUUGGUGGAGAUGUACGAAUUUGGAAUCUGGAGAAGUGGGCCUCGUUUGGAAGACUUAUUGGAGCAGUUAAUAGUCCAAGAUCUGAGGUUUCUUGUUUGGCCGUAUCUGAAAAUGCCGACGGUUUGCCACAGAUAUUCACUGGCUCGAGAGAUCAUUAUGUGAAAAUGUUCCAGACAAGCGUUGGAGGUAUCAUUUUUGGUUAUAAU